UUUGGGAUUCUGCUUCUCACUAUAGUAAUAUUAAUUGGAGUUAUCCUGACCAAGAAGAAAUUUGCGGUUUAGAUAUGGAAUCAAAUUUUAAUAUGGGUCAAGAAUUAUAUGUUGGUAUGGAAUUUGAUACCAAAAGCGCAGUAAAAAAUGCAUUACAACAAUAUGUAAUGAAAGUGCAUCAAAGUUUCAAAGUUGUUGAAUCUAAAUCGCAGAAAUAUGUCGUCUGUUGUGGAAAUAGAAGCGAUGACAUCCCAUGCCCUUUUUAUAUGAGGGCAAUUUUAUAAAAAAAACUGAUACAUGGAAAGUUACGCAAUGGGGAGGACCACACAGUUGCUUGAAUAUGAGUAUAACUCAAGACCAUGAUAAAUUGGAUUCUGAUUUGAUUGCCACUUGUGUACUAGGGAUGAUCAAAGAAGAUCCGUCACUCAAGAUUUCUUUGAUUCAAGAGAGGAUCAAUGGAAUGUUUAAUUACAACAUUUCGUACAGGAAAGCGUGGAAGGCAAAGCAAAAGGCAAUAACAAUUGAAUAUGGCGACUGGGAUGAGUCUUAUGCCGUUCUUCCGUCAUGGCUGAAACACAUGCAAAAUCAUUCGCCAGGAUCGUAUUAUCAAAUUUGUGAUGAUGAUUUUGUUGUUGGCAAUACUGUCAGCCGUGAACACCGACAGUUCCAUCGAGUCUUUUGGACCUUCGGUCAAUGCAAAGAGGCUUUUAAAUAUUGCAAACCAGUCAUACAAGUUGAUGGUACAUUCAUGUAUGGGAAGUAUCGCGGUACGCUGUUAAUUGCAACAACACAAGAUGGAAAUAGUCAUGUUCUUCCGCUUGCAUUCGUUGUGGUUGAGGGGGAAACAUUAACAGCGUGGUCAUGGUUUUUGGCACACUUGCGUGAACAUGUCACAGAUAAAGAUGGUAUCUGUCUCAUUUCUGAUCGUCAUGCAAGUAUAAAGGCAGCUGUUGCGAAUGAAGCACUUGGGUGGCAACCUCCUCAUGCGUAUCAUGUGUAUUGCGUGCGCCACAUUGCAAGAUACACCCCGUGUAAGCAUAUUUUUGAUAGAAAUUUUGAUAAAUUUUGUGAGCUGAGUCCCCCAGUAAAAGCAUGGAUUGGGAAGAUUUCAAAAGAAAAAUGGACAAUGGCAUAUGACAAAGAAGGCCGUAGAUACGGUCAUAUGACAACCAAUCUAUCCGAAUGUGUAAAUAAAGUUUUUAAGGGAUGUCGCAAUGUACCAAUAACUGCCCUUGUGAAGUCAACAUACAGCAGGUGUCGAAAGUAUUUUGUUGAUCGUGGUCGUCAAGCACAAAGGGAAAUACGCGAUGGUCAAAUAUAUUGCUCACACGUCAUGAAAAAACUUCGGGAAAAUCAAGAAAAGGCUUGUUCUCACAUUGUUCGGACAUAUGAUAUUCAGAGAACAAUAUUUGAGGUUGAGGAGGCUUUCGACCCUAUGACUCAACGAGGUGGACAUAAAUGGACAGUUAACUUGAAUGAGCGCUACUGUCAAUGUGGACAAUUUACUACUUACCACUAUCCGUGCUCUCAUAUCAUUGCUGCGUGUGGUACUGUUAGCAUCAACUUCUAUCAAUAUAUAGAUGUUGUGUACACAAAUGACUACAUAUUACGUGCUUACUCCGCACAAUGGUGGCCUCUUGGGAAUGACGAUGCGAUUGUCCCAUCUGAUGACCCGUGGACACUUGUGCCUGAUCCAAGUUUUAUUCGUGACAAAAAAGGAAGGCCAAGAUCAACUCGAUUAAGAAAUGAAAUGGAUUGGAGGGAGCCAUCGCAAAGUCGCUACAAGUGUGGCAGAUGUGGGACAGUAGGACACAACCGGCGUAAUUGUCCAUUGCAAUCUCAACAAGGCAGUUGUUGA